AUGAGUCAGUUAAAAUUACAAACCUUUGUGAAUGAUAUUCAAAAGAUUGAUGGUAAUAAGAACCUUGAUUUCUCAGAAAUAUUGGAAUAUACUAAAAAUGAAUACACUAAAGAAACAGCUCAAAAUUACUUGGAUGCUUUAGAAAAAAUGAUUGCAACCAUUGAUGAAUCCAAGCUAUCUCAAAGUGAUAAAUACAGUUAUAAAUAUGCUUUUACCAAACAUUUAACAUCAGAAUGUAAAAGUGAAUGUAAGAGUAUUAUAAUCAAUUGUCUAGGAAUUUCUAAUAAAAAGAAAUCAUUGAUACUCAAAGAAACACAAAAAGAAUAUCAAAAAGAAAGAGAUGAACACAAUGAGCUUAGGAAGAAGUAUAAUGAAAAACAAAAGGAACAAAUAGUAGAAGUACCUUCAAUUGAUCUUUCUCUUACUCUAAAGAAUAAGAAAACUUUAACAAAUAGAGAAUGUCUAGAUUUUCUCAAUGAUCUGGAUAUAGAUGAUACACUUCUUAGUGAUAAAUUUAAAAGAGUUAGUGUUUCUGAAGACUUUCCAAAUGUUUCUAGAGCAUAUGUAAAGAAAGGAACAACUAAAGAGAAUAAUAUCAUUCAGCGUCAGCAAGCUUCCUUCAGAAGUGAGAAAUCUAAAUAA